GCUUCAAUGCAAAGGAGUACCUCAAUCAAUGACGAAGGCAUAUAAAGCAGAUAACCUGUGACCUGAAUCUGUUUGCUCAGGCUAGUGGAAAAACCUUAUGAUUUAGUCAUUCCAAUCUAGAACGUACAGAAGAUCGUUUCACAUAUUUCGUUCAUUGUAGGCGUGUGCUUAGUUGACAAUUUAUCGAAAAUGUCAACCAUACAAAGAGAAACCGUGUUAAUGGUACUGCUUUUAUGCGGAUCCGCACUUGGGCGACCUGGAAAAUUACAAGAACAAAGAUAUGAAUUCCAGAAUUUUCAAGAUAUUGCUUCUGGACCGUCAGCUAUUCCCGUUAUGGGGGUACAAGUGGCUCCGAUUCGAAAUGAUGCAGUUCCCUGGUCCAUCCAGCAUCGGAAUGAAGUGAAUGCAUUUGCUGAAAUGUUUCGACAAAAUUAUAACCAGAUGGUCCAUCAGCACAACUCGUUCAUGGAGACUUUACUAAGACCAGUGACAUAUCAGUUUUAUCAACUGCCGAACGGUUAUACCUGGAACGAAUACUUUGGCAAUCAACUGGAACACGUUCACCAGCAGACUGAACAAAUGUCUCGCCAGUUAAUUGAAAAUCUAGAACAGGGAAAAGUUACACAACAGGUCGUCAUGCAACCGGAUUUUUUUAUUCAGCAAGCGGCUAGUGAGCUUGAUAAAGCUCAUUUGCAAGAUGAUCUUGCAUCACAACAAAGUCUUGUACAGAACAGUGCACAUGACAAUGGACAACAUGAAAACAUGUUCUUUUUGGACACAAAGCAAUUCGAUCACAACGAACAACAACAUCAAUAUCAAUUAACUAUUCCAGUGGAUCUGCACGAGCCUCACUAUCAAUCAUCUUUCAUUGAAGAUCAACAACAUCAUGAAGUUAUUGAAAUGGAGGAUCAAAAUUCACAUAAUCAAUAUGUACCGUACAUCCAAUCCCUUCCUCCGGUAAAAUUCAACAACGACAAAGUAGAAAAAGCAGGUCGAGAUUUGGACAUUCGCUCGUCUGCACAAUUUGAAAGCAGACCGAUAUCAACCACACCUGAAAUAACUGAAUCGCAUGGAGAUAACUACUACGGGAGCACGUAUGAUCAGCAACCGAUCUACGAUUUGCAAUUUGUAGAGAAUACAACUACAACAUCUUCGAAGGUAAACAAUGCAAUCGCACUAGUUAGGAAGAGGAUUUCCAACCCACAACGGAACUCAGAAUCAAACUCAACUUUAACUUUUCUUGACACUUCAAAUUUAAUCGCCACCACAACCGAAUCAGUCACCGCCAGCAACGUUAUGUCUAUGUUACCGCAUAAAGUCCCGUCUUACAAUUAUAGUGAUAUAUAUGAGAAGGUGCGAAAUGAAUUAGAGAAAAACCUCAAACAACACACUGAAACCACAAACGAGGAGACUCAUUUCAUGGGAAUGACCAGUAACACGGAACACGAGAAAUUAUCUUACGACAUAGUGACCAACGAAACGACUCCUAUGGAAAAUCGCGGCGAUCAACCGUCUGUAAACGAUGAUGACUACAUUACGGAUGAGAUAAUUCAAUCUGAACCUGGCAUAGGUAGCUAUCCGGUAAAUACUGAACCAGCUUUAGCCGUAGUUGCAUCCACUCAAAAUACAGAAAAUCUCUUCGAACAAACUAAGCAAAACGUCCGUAGCCCGCAUUCAAAUUUGUUCAUUCCUCAUGAAACAAACUCACUGUAUAUUUCAACAACGGAACCGUCGUACAAAAAAACAGGUGAAAUGAAUCUGUAUUACGAUGCUCCUCUGGCACCACUACCAACGACCACAUUCAGAUCCAAUCCGUACUAUUCUGCAAAAUUGGCCGAAUUUCCUACACCAGAGCGCCCCUUAGAGGUUCAGCAAAUACAGGUACAUAGACAAGCAACCGAGUUAGAUGCCAUGGUUCAGGAAACCGAAGCUUUAGAACCCAACCAUGCCCCAUAUGUAGAAGCGAAUACCCUGCAAGAUCUAAACAUACAAGACAACGUUGGAGAACAUGAAACGCAAUCAAUAGUGAGCAAUGUUGAUUAUCAACAGUAUGAAGAUGUUCAGCACUUCCAAGACGUACAGCAAAGUUUGUUGCAGUUAGGGCAAGAGACGUUCCCACAACAAUUACAAGAAGCAAGUAGUUUCAGGCAGACACCACCGGAGCAGCAAUACCGUAAUCCUGAUGUGGCAGUAAAAGGAGGUGAGGAGGGAGUAUUUGAACCUGUGGUGGAACUGACGACAUCACUUCCAGUAAGCACCGAAAAGAAGCAAAAAAACUGGUUCCAACGACAAUGGUCAAAAUUCACUAUAUAAUUUUGUUCAAAGCUUUAGAUUUACGACACUAUAAGCAUAAUACAGUUAUAAUUUCCAUUUAAUUGAUAUCAGAGACAAAGUAUGCUAAAUACCAGAGACAAAGAAUUCUAAAAUAUCUAUUAGAAAAGUUUUUUGUGUAGCAACUGGAGAUCAAUAAAAUUGUAUAUAUUUUUGAUUAA